AGGCGCCGGGGGGCGGGGGAGGCUCGGGAGCGGGCGGUGACGGCGGUGGCGCGGAGGAGCCAGCGGCUGGGCCUGGACCCCGUGCGUCUGUCCGCGCCCCGUGGAUGCGAAUCAGCCGCGGCGGAGGCGGCGGCGGAGGCGGAGGCGGCGGCGGAGGUGGAGGAGUCGGUGGGCCGGCGCCGUGCCGGUGGGAGCGCGGAGGAUGAGGCCGCUGCCGAGCGCUCCUGGCGUGGCGGCGGCCGCCGCGCUGUUGCUGCUGGUGCUGCCCCGGGCCCGGGCGGACGAGCACGAGCACACGUAUCAAGAUAAAGAGGAAGUUGUCUUAUGGAUGAAUACUGUUGGGCCCUACCAUAAUCGCCAAGAGACAUAUAAGUACUUUUCACUUCCAUUCUGUGUGGGGUCAAAAAAAAGUAUCAGUCAUUACCAUGAAACUCUGGGAGAAGCACUUCAAGGAGUUGAAUUGGAAUUUAGUGGUCUGGAUAUUAAAUUCAAAGAUGAUGUGAUGCCAGCCACUUACUGUGAAAUUGACUUAGAUAAAGAAAAGAGAGAUGCAUUUGUGUAUGCUAUCAAAAAUCACUACUGGUACCAGAUGUAUAUAGAUGACUUACCAAUAUGGGGUAUUGUUGGUGAAGCAGAUGAAAAUGGAGAAGAUUACUAUCUUUGGACCUACAAAAAACUCGAAAUAGGUUUUAAUGGAAAUCGAAUUGUUGAUGUUAAUCUAACUAGUGAAGGAAAGGUGAAACUGGUUCCCAAUACUAAAAUCCAGAUGUCAUAUUCAGUGAAAUGGAAAAAGUCAGAUGUAAAAUUUGAAGAUCGAUUUGACAAAUAUCUCGAUCCAUCCUUUUUUCAACACAGGAUCCAUUGGUUUUCAAUUUUCAACUCUUUCAUGAUGGUUAUCUUCUUGGUGGGCUUAGUUUCAAUGAUUUUAAUGAGAACUCUAAGAAAAGAUUAUGCCCGGUACAGUAAAGAAGAAGAAAUGGAUGAUAUGGAUAGAGACCUAGGAGAUGAGUAUGGAUGGAAGCAGGUGCAUGGAGAUGUAUUUAGACCAUCAAGUCACCCACUGAUAUUUUCUUCUCUCAUUGGUUCUGGAUGUCAGAUAUUUGCUGUGUCUCUUAUUGUUAUUAUUGUUGCAAUGAUAGAAGAUUUAUAUACGGAGAGGGGAUCAAUGCUCAGUACAGCCAUAUUUGUCUAUGCUGCUACAUCUCCAGUGAAUGGUUAUUUUGGAGGCAGUCUGUAUGCCAGACAAGGAGGAAGGAGAUGGAUAAAGCAGAUGUUUAUUGGGGCAUUUCUUAUCCCAGCUAUGGUGUGUGGCACUGCCUUCUUCAUCAACUUUAUAGCCAUUUAUUACCAUGCUUCAAGAGCCAUUCCCUUUGGGACAAUGGUGGCCGUUUGUUGCAUCUGUUUUUUUGUUAUUCUUCCUCUAAAUCUUGUUGGUACAAUACUUGGCCGAAAUCUGUCAGGUCAGCCCAACUUUCCUUGUCGUGUCAAUGCUGUGCCUCGUCCCAUACCGGAGAAAAAAUGGUUCAUGGAGCCUGCAGUUAUUGUUUGCCUGGGAGGAAUUUUACCUUUUGGGUCAAUCUUUAUUGAAAUGUAUUUCAUCUUCACAUCUUUCUGGGCAUAUAAGAUCUACUAUGUCUAUGGCUUCAUGAUGCUGGUGCUGGUCAUCCUGUGCAUUGUGACCGUCUGUGUGACCAUUGUGUGCACAUACUUUCUACUAAAUGCAGAGGAUUAUAGGUGGCAAUGGACAAGUUUUCUCUCUGCUGCAUCAACUGCGAUCUAUGUUUACAUGUAUUCCUUUUACUACUAUUUUUUCAAAACAAAGAUGUAUGGCUUAUUUCAAACAUCAUUUUACUUUGGAUAUAUGGCAGUAUUUAGCACAGCCUUGGGGAUAAUGUGUGGAGCAAUUGGUUACAUGGGAACAAGUGCCUUUGUCCGAAAAAUCUAUACUAAUGUGAAAAUUGAUUAGAGACCCAAGAAAACCUGGAACUUCGGAUCAAUUUCUCUUUCAUAGGGGUGAAACUUCACAGCAAAAAAAAAGAAAAGCGCAAGAAGAGAUUUGGGCUUUCACACUGGGUACUCUGUGGGUCUCUCUUUCGUGGAUGGCUUAAAGUAACAUCUAUUUCCAUUGAUCCUAGGUUCUUACUGACUGCUUUCUCCAACUGUUCACAGCAAAUGCUUGGAUUUUAUGCAGUAGGCAUUACUACAGUACAUGGCUAAUCUUCCCAAAAACUAGCUUAUUAAAGAUGAAAUAGACCAGCUCUCUUCAGUGAAGAGGACAAAUAGUUUAUUUAAAGCAUUUGUUCCAAUAAAAUAAAUAGAGGGAAACUUGGAUGCUAAAAUUACAUGAAUAGAAUCUUCCUGGCACUUAGUGUUUCUACGUUAUUGAAAAAUGAUGUUCCAGAAAGAUUACUCUUUUCUCUUAUUUUUACUGCCACCAUCAACCUAUUGUGGGACAUUUUUAUAUAUUGAAUCUGGGUUCUUUUUGACCUGUUUUUUUUUUUUUUCCAAUGCAACUGCAUCCUUUUUUUUUUUUUAAAGAGAGAAUUAAAAAAUAUUAAAUCCUGCAUGUAAUAUAUCUGCUGUCAUCUUAGUUGGACCAACUUCCCAUUUAUUUAUCUUAAAACUAUUCAGUUCCAUCUUAAUUCCAUCCAAAGAAGAUACAGUCUGAAGAUAGAAGUGUACUCUCUACAAUGCAAUUUACUGUACAGUUAGAAAGCAAAGUGUUAAAUGGAGAAGAUAUUUGUUUUUAUUAAACAUUUUGAGAUUUAGAUAAACUACAUUUUAACUGAAUGUCUAAAGUGAUUAUCUUUUUCCUUCCCCCAAGUUAGUCUUACAUCUUUUUUGGGUUUGAAUGAAGGUUUUACAUAAGAAAUUAUUAAAAACAAGGGGGGUGGGUAAUAAAUGUAUAUAACAUUAAAUAAUGUAACGUAGGUAUAGAUUCUCAAAUGCAUUUGGAUGUACAGAUUGACUACGGAGUACUUUUUUCUGAUGAUGAUUGGUGUAGAAAUGUGUGAAUUUGGGUGGCUUUUUACAUCUUGCCUACCACUGCAUGAAACAUUGGGGUUUCUUCAAAAUGUGUGUGUCAUACUUCCUUUGGGAGGGGCGAUUGUUUUCUUCUGUUUCUUUUCUGAGACUCCUACAGGAGCUAAAUUUGUAAUUUAGAAACAAUUUUGUUAAUCCUGUCUGGGGCACUUAAGUAACAUCUAAAGCAUUAUUGCUUUAGAAUGUUAAAAUAAACUUUCCUGACCAAAUUGUUUUGUGAAAAUAGAUGUGUUUGCAAUUUGAAGAUAUCUUUUCAAAAGGCAAUAUUACUGAAUGCAGUUUUUUUAAAUAUACUGUAAACUAUGCUUUUCUAAUACAGGAGACCCACAUCUUAAAAUCCCCCAACUUGCUUACAUCCAGAUUAUCCAGUAUAGUCACAAAGUAAAUGAUAAGCCCUUCGAAUCAGAUUGUGGCACAGAAUCUGUUCAGGCUGGUGUACUGUGUAAAGUGGGGAUGGGGUAAAAGUGGUUAGCUUACUAUUGGAUGAGCAAAUAAAGGUUAAAGUUUUCUAAGAGAAGUGAUUUAAUUUUGAAUACAUCUUUCUGGAACUAUCCAUAAUGUGAAGUUUUCCUAGAACCAUUGAGUUUCUAGUUUAAUAGUUUGCUAUGCAAAUGACCACCUAAAACAAUACUGUAUAUUGGUAUUUUUAGAAAGACUCAAAACCGCUGUACUUAAUCUUUAAUGUGAAACUCAUGCCAUUUAUAGUUACGUAAGCUGUUUUCAUUACAAAAUAUGUUUCUAUAAAUUGACUCUGCAUCCUAUAAUGUGGUAUGUAAGGACUAUAAAGAGUGAAAAGUUUGAUUUCUUACCACUUAAGUAUGGCUGACAUGAACAAACGGGAGUUUGAUCCGAAGCUGUAGGUAAAUCCUUCUUCAAGCCAAAAUGUUGUAUUAAAUGCAAUCUACUGGUUCUUCCAUUUUCUCUUCCUUCAAGAUCUUCUAAGAAAAGAAACUGAACGUCAAUAUUUAGUGGCUUAUAUAAUGUAACUUUUUAAUUACAUGUAAAGUAAUUACAACAACUAUAGUCUAUCUGAUGGAGUAUCAGUUGAACAGCAAGCUUUUGUCUUAGUAAAAUGAAAUCUGUUUCUCAUGAAUCUUCCAGGUAAGAUGUAGGGUUUUAAAAAACCUCUAGCUGCUUUCAGCUAUACCAAUUCCUUUUACUAAAUUGAGCUCUAUUUCAAGUCCUUCGGAAUUUUCAAUGAAAAAAGGUUUUCUAACUUUCAAAUAUAUUGUCAUAUUAAAAUAAAUAUAAAUUGCCUUGAAAGUCCUUUAGAAAAUAUAUUGGUUUAUGCCUUCAUGGAGGGUCUGACCAUGUGGGUGUCUUGAAGAAGACAUAAUCCACAAACAGUUGAGCUCCCUAGCUCGGGGUUAUAGAGUAGUAAAAUAAAAUAUUUAAGUUAAUUAAAGAGUGAGGUUCUUCCACUCCAUUAAUGCUGUUUAUCUGUCUUCCGUUUGUUAACAUUAUUUGCUCAACUUACCAACUGAUGCUUUGAACACUAUCAAAAACUAAGGAUAAAUGUUCUUGUAUCUGUAAGCAUGCUUCUCAUGAAAUUUAGCUACAGGACUAAUUGACAUCAUUAUUCAUCUAUCCUAGUACAAUGGUAGGAUAAAGUGGAAAUGGAACGGCUGGAACUAUGGUAAAGCACUCUUUGGUAUAUCAUGCUGGGCUCCUAAUUUGCAUUAAGUUUGACCACAAAUCAAGCCCCAUCCUCUUAGAAUUCAUUAUACUGUGCUGGUAUCUGAACCUAGUGAAUGAUAUGAUUGGGUGUUUUCCAAUGACAGUGCACGGAUCUCUUUAUAAGGGUGGUUGCUGCAAAUUCCAGUUCUUCCAAAAUCCAUUUUAUUUAGGGUUUAUCCACAAAUUGUGUUCAGUUUGUUAAAACUUCUGUUUCCUAAAUGUCUACAAACCACCUUAUGCCAAAUGUCUUGCAAAUAAUAUUCCUUUAAGAUUUCCUUGAAUUUUUACAAAUGUAAAGCAAAUAAAUGCGUUAAUGUAAUUUGUUCAGGAAAAGCUACAUACUGAAGGGCUUCUGUAUAUAAAUUCUGGGAAAGAAAAGCCUAUUUGUAAUCUAUACAUUGCAGUUCCAUCCGGGUUUUAAGUUUAGAUUUCAGCAUGUCUUAGUGCUUCAGUCUAUUGAUUUAUUAGAACAUGUAAUAAAUAGGAGCAGUGAUGAAUGAAAAUGCAAGUAUUCAUUAAUGUUUUAUAUCUUCAUAAAAAUUCCAUGGUUAUGAAGCUGUAUUUUAGCAAUCAAGAUGUUAAAAGAGAUCAGAGCAGUGGAAAUUUAUAAAGAUAGUUUGGAAGUGUGUACAGAAAUAGACUAGAUUUAGAGGUAGGGUAGAUCAGAAAGUGAUCAUAAAGCUGCAGAAAUUUUAUAAGAUUUAAAUUCGGUAUGAGGAAUAACUCUAGUUCUCUCUUACGAGCCUUUUCUGAAAGCCGUCUGAGUUGACAUUCUUAUUGGAGCUGUAGGCCGAAUUGUGCAAAGACAAAAGUAAAAAUUAAGUUUUUAUUUUACUGUAUCAGGAAAUGGAAACAAACUGGUGUGAAAGCUGCUCAUGUGUAUUGGUGAACUAUGCAUGCAGACAAUUGACGGACAAGGCCAUAUUUUGUGUGUUUACCCCAGUUCCUCAGUUUAGGUCAUUUGAAAGUUAUAAAUGUUCUAAGUAAGAUCUUGAGGCAAGGAACAAAUAACGUGGAAUUCUGUUUUGAAGGACGAGAGUAUACGCAGAAAAGCAGUCCCAGUCGGGCUUUUCAUCUGUGUCAAAUUUGAACCUAUAAAUCCCCACAGAGCACGGGCAGUCGAUACCAGUGGGAAGGAAAACAGUCAUUGCUUGAUGAUUACUUCCAUUUUGUACCCACCUUCGGUUUGCGUAGGUCAUAUUCCAACUGGCUUUUUAGUAAUAGAUAUCCAGUAUAUACUGUAUCAAAUACAUUUGAGGUUCUAAUCUAGUCUGUUAAUCUAACUGAAGUUGGAUUUUUAAAAUAAUAAAAAGUUAAAUGUA